CUUGAACGACAGUUCAUGCGAUCUGCCCCGGAAAAAGACGCUAUCUUUCGUCAUCACUACAGUUAGAGUACGGCAACAUUCCACGAGCAAUGCAUUGAGACAAUCCAGCUAAGUCGAUCUUCUUUCAUUACUGAAUCACUACCUUUGAUUCCUCCCACCCCCCGCACAAGAAGAAAAGACCAUGUCCACAACCAACCCCCCCAAAGCCCUCCUCACCGAUGUCUUUGGCACCGUGGUCGACUGGCGCUCGAGCGUGACCAAGUACCUCACGCUCUCGGCGUCGGAAGCCCUCAAUUCCCCCACGGCCUCGAUCCCCAGCGGCGCGCGCACCGCGGCGGCGCAGAUCUCGUGGGCGGCCGUCGCCCAGCUGUGGCGCACCUCGUACUACCACUUCACGCGGACGUACGACCCCGCGGCGGCGCAGAAGGACCCCUCCAAGUUCAAGACGGUGGACCAGCACCACGUCGAGGCCCUGCACCAGAUCCUGGUCGACCACGGCCUCGAGGGCCUGUGGACGGACGAGGAGGUCCAGAAGAUCAGCAUGAUCUGGCACUUUCUGGACCCCUGGCCCGACUCGUCGCCGGGCCUGGGCAGGCUGAACGCCCGCUUCGAGACCGCCACCCUGAGCAACGGCAACACCGCCCUGCUGCGCGACCUCGCCACGCACGGCCACCUGCCCUACAAGCACAUCCUCUCCGGCGAGGACUUUGGCGCCUACAAGCCCCAUCCCAGCGUCUACCUCGGCGCCGCCCAGAAGCUGGGCCUGGAGCCCGCCGAGUGCGCCCUCGUCGCCGCCCACCUCGGCGACCUCAAGGCCGCCCGCGGCUGCGGCUACCAGACCAUCUACAUCGAGAGGCCGCAGGAGGAAGGCUGGUCCAAGGAGGACACCGAGCAGGCCAAGCAGCAGGGCUGGGUGGACAUGUGGAUCGGCCUCGACGAGGGCGAGGGAGGCUUUCUGGAGAUUGCCAGGAGGUUUGGCGUCCAGUAACCAACGGGCCCGUGUGUGGUUUAUCCUUGGGAUGCUGGACAUGGCUGGUAUCUCCGUGGGGCGAGCCUUGCCUGCCAUACCCUAAAACAAACAAUACAUAUAGCACAAAACAAUGUAGAUCUCGUAUAUAUCAUCCGUCAAAAGAUGUAGAUACGACUGCCACGCAAAGAAGCUGGGA